UGAUGUGGAAUGCGCUCGAGACACUCGACACUACUCUGCUUCACAAGAUCGACGCUGUGUGGAGCAGAAGGACUCGAGUUUGAGCCUUUUAAGAUCUGCUGCAGUUUAGCAAACUGUACUAAAAUGGAUCAGAACAAGCUCGAAAUGAUAGAACGUGACGUGGUUCAUCACGACCAGAGCGAUACGACGCAGCCGACUUUGACCGAGCAGGACCGGUCCACUAGCGGAGUAAAGGAGCAGCAGGACCCCGACCGCGCUGGUACCACAGAUCAACAGAAACACAGACGAAGAAGGGCUUCAAGGCUGUAUCUCUGUUACCAAUGUGACCAAGCCUUCACCACACCAUCAGACCUAAAGAAUCAUCAGAAAUUUCACUCUGGAGAGAAACAAUACAGCUGUGACCAGUGUGACAAGACCUUCGCUGCAAGAAGAAACCUAAAGACCCAUCAGCAAAGUCAUAAAGGACAAAGAUCGUACACCUGCACCGAAUGUGGAGUGGCCUUCCACAGGCCAACGGAUUUGAAAAUCCACUGUUGUGUUCACACUGGAGAGACGCUUCACUCAUGUGAACAAUGUGGAAAAACAUUCUCUCAUAUCAGUCAUUUACACACACACCAAUGUGUUUAUAUUAGUAAGAAACCAUACUCAUGUGACCACUGUGAAAAAACAUUUGCUUACAGCAGUUGUUUACGGAAACACCAAAUUGUUCACACUGGAGACAAACCCCACUGGUGUGAAAACUGUGGAAAAACAUUCAAUAGGCUCAGUAGUUUACGAAGACACCAACAUAGUCACACUGGAGAGAAACCUUACUCAUGUGACCACUGUGAAAAAACAUUUGCUUACAGCAGUUGUUUACGGAAACACCAAAUUGUUCACACUGGAGAGAAACCCCACUCAUGUGACCAGUGUGGAAAAGCAUUCUAUAGGUUCAUUCACUUACUGACUCAUCAACGUAUUCACACUGGAGAGAAACCUUACUCAUGUAAACUGUGUGGAAAAGCAUUUUCUCAGCUCAGUCAUUUAGUAAAUCACCAAAGUGUUCACACUGGAGAGAAACCCCACUGGUGUGAAAGCUGUGGAAAAACAUUCACUAAGCUCAGUAGUUUACAAAGACACCAACGUAUUAAGACUAGAGAGAAACCUUACUCAUGUAAACAGUGUGGAAAAGUGUUUUCCGAGCUCAGUAAUUUAGUUAAACAUCAACGUGUUCACACUGGAGAGAAACCUUACUCAUGUGAACAGUGUGGAAAAGUGUUUUCCCGGCACAGUAACUUAGUUGAACAUCAACGUAUUCACACUGGAGAGAGGCCUUACUCAUGUGAACAGUGUGGAAAAGCAUUCUAUACGUUCAUUCACUUACUGACGCAUGAACGUAUUCACACUGGAGAGAAACCUUACUCAUGUAAACUGUGUGAAAAAGCAUUUUCUCAGCCCAGUAGUUUAGUAAGACACCAAAGUGUUCACACUGGAGAGAAACCCCACUGGUGUGAAAGCUGUGGAAAAAAAUUCACUAGGCUUACUAGUUUAGCAAGACACCAAAGUAUUCACACUGGAGAGAGACCGUACUCUUGUGAACAAUGUGGAAAAGCGUUUUCCCGGCUCAGUAUCUUAGUCUCACAUCAACGUGUUCACACUGGAGAGAAGCCUUACUAUUGUGACCAGUGUGGAAAAGUGUUCUCCCACCUCAGUAGCUUAGCGGUACACCAACAGGUUCACACUGGAUAGAAAUCUUACUGGACUGAACAUUGUGGAAAAGCAUUCUCCCAGCUCACUAGCUUAGUGGGACACCAACAAGUUCACACUGGAAUGUGGAAAAGCAUUCUCUGGUGUUAUGGCCAUAGGCCAUCAGUGUAUCAUUUCUCCUCUUCUCACAGAAGAUGUGGCUGCCUGAACUUUCCUCCGCUAUCCUCUUUCAGGUUUGGCCAACUGGUGUUUUGCACUGAAUUAGAUCUUAAUUACUUGUUGCUUUCAUUAGGUUCAUACGGUGUCUGGAUCCUUGUCUCCCUUUCCUUUGCUCCACCUCUAUGCCUUCCUGGGAUUUGUGUGGUAUUGGGGCUGUGUCUUCUCCCUCCUUGGCCACAUCUUUUUUCUUCUGAUUGUACCAUGGAAGUACCACUAAGAAGCGGGUACUGCCAUGGGUCACAGGACAUUUAAGGACAGCUUACUAAUAUGUCUGCACUGGAGAAAAAACAGUGAAUUCACACUGCACAGAAAAAAAACUUCAACUAAAAAGAACAACUUCAUGCCAGCAGCUGCUAAAAUGGUUCAUACAUUUCAUUAAUGCUGGAGAAAAGCUGUAUGCAGCUCAUGAUAAAACAUGCAUACUGCAUUAUACCUAAGUAGUGGUUUACAAAAAAAUUAUGAAGAUAUUUGUACAGUACAAAUUAGUACAAUAAAGGAACAGUGUUCUAUUACAUAAAGGAACAGGUUUUAUGAUAGUUGAGCAAACUGUGUAACAUUGGCUAAUGUGUAUUAGGUUACAGAUUUCUAUGAAUAUUAGAAGUCCACCUUUAUGUCAGACCAAUUAUAUAUUUUUUAUUUCCACUACUGUGCGGAACCUUCAGCAUUAACACCUGCACACAAAAGAGGAGUCUGCUCCCCAAUUACUUGCAAACAAUUGUACGUUGAUUGGGAUGUACAAAGGAAACAUGCGUAGAUUUGUAUUGAGCAGAGGUUGAUGUAUCUAGAUUUUAUGCAAACGUAUAGUAGGAAAUCUAUGCAAGUCUUUGUAUAUGAAGCCCCUGGUUAAUUCCUGACUAAUUUCUUAAUUAUUAUUUGUGUGUUCUUACGGCUCGUUACUGGAUAGCAAACACAGCAUUUUAUCAUGUGAUAAUGCUUUAAUUGUACUGGCAUCUUCAGAACUACAUACAGUAUGAGAUGUUGAUAAUCACAUG